AUGGCCGCAGUGACAGUGAGCUCUCGUCCCCCCUUCCUCGUCUUGUCCUCGUGCGUCUACUACUGCUUCUUGAUGCAUGCCGCCAUCCAUGUCCCUCGCGUUGGCUCCCUGUCCUUCAACCUCAGCUUCUCCCAACCCCAAAGCCCUGGUCUGUCUCAGCUGAUAAACUGCACCGGCGACGCCAUGCUCGCUCAAGAUACACUUGUGCUGACACGAACCACCGGCACCGCCGCCGAGAUCAGUAGGAACCGUGAUAGUCGCCGUGCUAGUGCCUCUGCUAUUUCUAUUGGUGUGUGCAGCCGUGCUGGUAUGGCAGCAUAA